AUGCCGCCAUGGGUGGUUCCGCCUCCCAAGUGUUUGCGCGGCGCGGCAGCAGGUUUGCCGAAGUGUGGAGUGGGGGGCCCGGGUCUGGCGUCGCUGGCCGGCCUUGGCGGCGACCCUGGACCCUGGCGGCUGGCGCACUGGCGGCCCGGCUCAUUGUCCGCUUGCAGGCCCAGCCGAGACACAAAGGACGCACCGGGCCCGUAUCCGGGGAAGACGCAGUGCCCGUGGCAGCGGCGCGCGCUGAUGGAGACGUCCUUGAGGCCGGGCUGCGCAGUAGUGGCGGUGCCGCCGUCUGGCCCUGGUAGCGGGCCGCGUUUUGGCAGCCCGGGGGCCGCGGCGCCGCCUCCGCCCACGCGGCCGCACUGCAGGGCAGGCAGCUACGGCUGGUGCCCGGGGUCUGCGGUACAGUGCGUGGCGGGCCUCGCGUAA